AACUGAACAUAUGAAGUAAUCCAUCGAGGCCUUGAAUAACUGUUUUCACGAGAAGCGAGUCUUGGACAGAGUCUAGACUCCGGAUCAGUUGAAUAUAUAAGGCGUCGUUGAGUAUCUUGGUUUCAGCCAGCACGAGGGGAUUGCAUCUCGACUACCUUCCUCUACACUCAUCUUCCAAGGAGCCUCGCACAAGUCGCCAAACAUUUUCCGCAGCAACGCAACAAUGGCUCGUCUUAGCCUCCUCUUGAUCGCCGCAUUGCAUCUCGGCACUGCUCUUGCCGCAUGCAGUACCUCACCCCAGAAAUGGAUCGCGCAUGACAAGGUCAAGGGCCAUGAAGGCUCACCUAAAGUGCCGGGUGGCGUGGCGGGACAACUCAUCAAGAAGUACCAACCUUAUCUCUUCGUGGAGACUGGCUGUGUUCCUUUUCCCGCCGUGAACUCCAACGGCGAGCUGAACAGCGGCCUCAAGCAUUCCGGCGCCAUGAACGGCAAAUGCAGCAAGUCAACCGGCCAAGUCUACGCCCGCGCCACCAUGCACAAAAACCGCUACGCCAUUAUGUACGCCUGGUACUUCCCGAAGGAUCAGAAUGUGGACGGCCCCGGCAAUCUGGGCCAUACGCACGACUGGGAGAAUAUUGUCGUCUGGCUCUCGGGCAAGACCUCGGGCGCGAGGGUAACAGGCAUCUCAUACUCUGCACACGGGAAAUAUCGUAAGUACAAGGGCGGGUCGACGCCGAAGGUGAAGUAUAGUAACAUUGGGGACGGGAGCACGCAUAGUCUUUGGAAGACGGAUCGGACCGGGGGCAGGCAGCCGCUUAUUGAUCGGGGGCAAUUGAGUGGGAAGGCGCGGGCGGCGCUGGAGAAGGCCAACUUUGGGAGUGCAAAUACGCCCUUCAUUGACUGCAGGUUCAAAUCGGAGCUGGAUAAGGCGUGGUCGAACGACUUCUGAGAUGGGAUCGAGGCGCGGGUGUGGAGGGCAUGCCCGAGAGGGUGAGACUACCAGGCUAGGGGGGAUGUGGGUGCUGUAGCUGUGUAGAGACUUCGUAGA